AUUUCUUAUACACGUUUCAUAGACUUUGUGGUAUAAGUUAAAGAAACGGGAGUAGGGAGUCUAUGUUAUCGUGGGUGAUGUAACACUAAUUAAUGAUUUUACUCAUAACUGAAAAUAAGUAGUCGGAUUAUUUCGAUUCCAAGAUGAGUGAAAUUGGAAACUGGUUUCGUAGCUUACCUCUGUUUACUCGUUACUGGUUUGGUUUAUCAGUUAUCUUUCCUCUUGCUGGAAGAUUUGGUCUUUUGAAUCCACGUUAUUUCAUUUUGGAUUAUGCUGGCUUUAUCCAUCAUUUUCAGUUUUGGAAGCCUAUUACAGCAUUGUUCUACUACCCCCUUGGACCUUCGACAGGAUUCCGAUACUUAAUGAACCUGUAUUUUUUAUACAACUACUCCAUUCGUCUUGAAACAGGUAUAUUUACUGGACGUCCUGCAGAUUAUUUAUUUCUGUUAUUGUUUAACUGGAUCUGCAUUGUUAUAGUUUCUCUGCUAAUUGACAUGAUGCUUUUGAUGGACUCCAUGAUAAUGACUGUGGUAUACAUUUGGUGCCAGUUACAUAAAGAUGUCAUAGUUACUUUCUGGUUUGGAAUCCAGCUUAAGGCUAUGUAUCUGCCAUGGGUAUUGUUUGCAUUCCAGUUCAUCAUGAGUGGUGGGGGCUUUGAUGACUUAAUAGGCAUACUAGUUGGUCAUCUGUAUUUCUUCUUGAUGUUCAAAUAUCCACAAGACUUUGGAGGAAGGGCAUUUUUGCAGACUCCACAGAUUCUAUAUAAAUUCUUUCCUAAUCAACGAGGCAUGUUUGCUGGCUUUGGACAAGCACCAACACCCAGGCGGCCUGGAGGGGAUGAUGAAAACCAACCAAGAAGACGUUACAACUGGGGUCAAGGACAUGUUCUUGGAGGAAACUGAAGUUUAUGGUGCUGAUAUUUUAUUGCAAAUGACGAAAUCAGUAAGAACCACUGCGAGUCCUGAUAAUUAAAGUCAUGAAACAUUUCUGCCUUAACUUGCUUCAGUAACUCUCGAUAUUGAAUUGGAAGAUGAGCCUAGAACAUCAACUCAACAACAAUUUCUCUUAUGGAAUUAAUGAAAAAUUAACAUUCAAAUAAUUUUUUCACUAAAUUUUGAUUCAUUUCAACUUUUCUCUAAAUGUGUUUAUUCCUUAUUCAUUAUCCUUUUCAACAUUAUCUUGGUGAAAGCCCCCUCCUCCCCAUAGAAAUAUUUCACUGUAUUUUCAUUUUUUGUAUUUGUAUAUCUAUUUACAAUGAUAAUUAUUAUUUUUAGAAUCUAGUUUAUAGUUUUAUAAACAUGUCCCAUGCAAAAUGGAUGUAAUUAGAAGCCCUGUACAUUCUAACUCUUCUAAGAUUCUUACUUGGCUUAAUUUCUUUGUAACACUGUGUAUGUUCCAUCCAGCCAAACAUUGCAUAAAAUAAAACAGAAUAAAGUUUUCAUUUCACCAUA